AGUCAUAAUAGUUGGUCAUUGUCCAUUGACUGUUUAGUGUUUGUUAAAUUGUUAUUAACAAAAAUUGCAAGUAACCGUGCUCCAGUACUUAAAAACUUGUAUCUCGUUUGAAAUAAAUUGAAAUAGUAUUUUCUUUUAGAUCGACGGGCAACGUUGACUAUUAUUUGAUCAACAUUUCAAAAAAACAAUAAACAUGGAUCUCAUCGAUAAUUCAUUCGGCAAUCACGCCAUUUUGGGGGCUCACACUGCUAGGCCAAAGAAUUUCAAAGAAACUUAUCAUCCGGUCCAACAAAACUUGAGAAAUUACAAAGCAAAAGAAAACAAAACUCUAGUUAAAGGCUUGAUGAUCACACAAGGAAUGCACAUGCCCCUACGUUUGGCUAUGGAACGAAAAGUGUUUGAAAGUGUUGGACGUCUACCAAUUUUGAAAUCAUCUAAUUUACACGCUGAAGUAUUGAAUGACACUCUUGAUACAGUCACUGAACAAGAUUACUUAAAUCCAGCAGAGUACCAUGAAACAUUAGUUCCAUCAUUUGUAGUUAUGGAUAAAGAUUUAAAAUUUUAAUAUAUUAAUUAAUAUGUAUAAACAUUACAUUUUAAGACAUUGUCAAUAAUAUUUUUUCUAUUAUUAAAUAUUCUGCAAAUAACAUAAUUUGGGUAUUGUGUACAGUGAAAUAAAUAAUAAAUUCACUUUAAAUUAUAA